AUCGAGCCUCCGCGCUCUCCAAGUAGAGGGUAAUUCGGGUGUUUGCAUGUAGACUUCACUUUUUAGACAUUUGCUUGAUCAAAUUCAGCGACAAGAUGCUUGGCUCAAUUCUCAAGACUGUGCUAUCGGCUGCGGCUGUCGUAUCAGCGUGCACCCCUCCGACGGAACCUCUCUCGAACAACAUCACCGAGGGUUUCGGAAUCCAGGUUCAGAACGCUUCAGUGCCCAUCAUUCACAAUCGCUACAUCAACUUGUGGUCAGCAGGCGGUGGUGACCAGCAUCUCUAUUUGAGCCCAGCUGGAGACUCUGCUUUCAACUUGACCCUAGUCAACGGCGUGCUGUCGAGGGGCAUCAUCCAUGCCGUCAUUAACGGAGAAUACACCGCAGACGACAACACGACCAAGAUGUUCAUGACGGAACGCGGAGAUCCCAAGGCCUUCUUCCAGCCGGUGUAUGGAUGCAACCCAGACACGGAUGCUGUCCAGGUCGAGUUGGACUUUGUUUCCAGAGCCGCUGUGCCAGGUGGUUUUAUCUGCUUCAGAAGUGCUUCCGGUGAAAGGCACGAGGCCAGAUACUCUCCUCCCGGUAACACUGUCAUCAGAGCAGACCGUCCUUGCUACGAGGUUACCUUGGCUGUGGUUCCUGCCCCGACAGCUUGA